CAUUGUCCGUGUAAAUUGUAUGGGGCUUUGACAGUGUUUAUGGCGCCAUUUUUGGCGAAGUUGAGUACUAUUGGAAAUACUAUGGCGGAUUUGCGGAGUGACACCGCUUCUCCGAUGGAUGGACAGUCAGGGAAAUCAAAUAACAUACAGGAAAGUUCAUUAUCACACAAAUCUUCCAUAAUGAUGAAGGUGGAUGUGCCUGAGGAAGAAACAGCCAGUUGUAAGAACGAAGGGAACAAAGCACGCUGCUCUACAGUCACCCACUCUUUGUCAUCCACAAAACCCAUAUUUGGAGGCAGUGGCAAACUAGGUUCAUCUGUUUCAGCCGCAUCUCGCCUGAGCAAUGUUGUCUUUGGUAGCAACCCAUUUGCUGUGAAACCAGCAACAUUUGGAAGUGUGUCGAACUUCAGUUGUGCUACCUCAUCACAAACUCCAUUAGGUUCUUCAGCUUCUCCCAGAGCAGUGUACCUUCGACCAUCACAGCUGGCACUUGGAAGCAGUGAGCCUCCACAGCAAAGGACAUUUCAGUGUAGAUUGCCCUUGAAACCACCAUCUCUUGCAAAUACCUUUACUAGAGUACCCCAAGACAGUGUGAUGACUUCCUCAAGUGAUGGAGUUAAGGCUGAGGAUAAUUCAUCAUUCAUAUCAGAGGAAGUUGGAAUCUGUGGCAAUAGUAAUUCACCAGAAAUGCAUAGCACAAACAGCAUUACAGAAACAGUAAGGCAUGAAGAUGACACAAAGGCUGCAGUAGAAUCUGAUUCACAGCAGGCGGAUGAAGACAGCAGUAAUAGCGGCAGUGUUAGUAACUGUGGAUCUCAGAGAAGUGUCAGAGCAAUUAUGACCCCUCCAAAGUUUGUGCCACUUGGAACACCAUCGCACCCUACAGAAGAAAGUUCAUGUGGAAAUAUGGCUUGUACAAGUGCUACCUCAACUUCUACAGCUACAACCUCCUCAGCCCCAACAGCGACAGUGACAGGAUUUGUGUUUGGUCAGAAUCUUCAUGAAAGAGUUGUUGAGGCUGUGAAUCUUGAAACCACAGAUGUAGCAAGUAAAGCAGCUGAGGCAACAGAAACUUCAAAUAAUGUAUCUGCUGUAUGCACUUCUGCAGCAACAAAUGGCACCUCAGAAAUGUUGUUUACAUCUGUCAUUAAGAAAGACCAUAUCAGUGAGGGUAGCCAUAAUGAUAACAUUAACACUGAUGAUAUUGGUGACAAACCUAGCAAGAGUUUAACUGAGGCAGCAAGGGAGUAUGAAGAAGCAAGAGCAGUGAAACGGAAAUACGAACAAGUUACCAUAGUCACCGGGGAAGAAGAUGAGGCCAAUGUACUGCAGAUGAACUGCAAGCUGUUUGCAUUUGACAAAGCCACUGGCACAUGGGUGGAGCUUGGACGAGGCACUCUUCGGCUCAAUGACAAAGAUGGUGGAUCGGGAGGUGGUGGAGUUCAGUCACGAGUUGUGAUAAGGGCAACAGGAAGUCUCAGGGUUGUGCUGAACACAAAGAUCUGGGCUGGGAUGUCUGUGCAGAGGCCAAGUUCGAAGAGUGUUCGCCUAACUGCCAUGGAUGGUAGUGGUCAAAUUAAAGUGUUCCUUGUGAUGUCUAGCCCAAAGGAAAGCGAGCAACUUCACAAGUCAUUGGAAUAUCGCGUCCUUCUAGCACAACAGGCCUCUUCGUUACAAACUGAGGCAGAAGCAUCUCAUUCCCUGCCACCCGAACCUUGUUCCAAAAAGAGACCAUCACAAUAUGCAGAAGAAACAGGCCCAUCACCAGGUGUAGCUCCAGUUUAACAUCAUAGAGGAGUGUAGCUAAAAACAAAAAGGAGAGAACCAAUAUGAAUUGUGUGCUCUGAAUGGAGUGCCAGUAGACACUGGAGACCACAGACCACGCACACUGUUAUAUGUUUACAAACACCACUUUUGCCAGUAACAGACAUUUGGUUACCUUUUUUCUUUCUUUAGGCAGAGUUGAUGUUUGUGUGACAUUGUAAUGUGUAAAGUUUAUGACAUGAACAGUCUUUAUAGAGUGUAUCCUGUUACGUGAUAAAACUAGUCUAAUUGCCAUGUUCCAUGUAUGCAACUCUAAGAAUGUAUACCCAUUCAAUUACUACAUAUUUCGACUGUCCAACUGGUCUUCAUCAGGUGAUACAUACAACUGUUUUUGAAUUUCAGCCAUUUUAACUAACAUAUGGGCCCAUAUUUAUGAUCGUUUCAAUCUAGUAUCUGUGCUAGAUUCAUUGAUAUACAUCGUAAAAUUGCUACAUAUAAUGCAGAUUAGGUAAAACUGAUCCCAUAGCAUUGAAGUAAAAUUAGGUAAAAUGUAGUCUCACCCAAAAGCACUGUAAGGGUGUUAUCCCUUCUUUCCCGUGUUAGCUCGGCGUUGAUUAGCAUUCGUGAUACACGUGAAGCUUUGGAAUGGAUAGAUGGGUGUUACUUAGCCUACUAGGCUAUGGUUCUUCACUUGUGUGAUCUUGAGCUGUACAGCUUGAACUGUUUCACUUGUGUACUCUUGGACUGUACAACUUGAACUGUUUCACUUGUGUACUGUUGGGCUGUACAGCUUGAACUGUUUCACUUGUGUACUGUUGGGCUGUACAGCUUAAACUGUUUCACUUGUGUACUGUUGGGCUGUACAGCUUAAACUGUUUCACUUGUGUACUCUUGGACUGUACAACUUGAACUGUUUCACUUGGAAUAGUUAGAUGGGUGUUACUUAGCCUACUAGAGCGGCCUCUGUAGUCUAGGGGUAACGUUCCCACCUCAUGACUCAAGGUACACGGGUUCAAACCUGGCGGAGGUC